AUGUUACAACUAAGGAUCCCUGAUAUGUCCAGUACUGUGGAUUUCCGGGUACAAACUUUAACACUCUGUCGUUCCUUCUUGAUAGCCAGUGUAAAUAAACAAGAUGCCAGUUACCUGACUGAUUUAGCUGAUAAUACAACUACUGAAUUAAGCUCUAUUCCCAACGGACCAGAAAUCAUCAAAUCAUUACUUCACUUAGUAAGAGAGUUCAAUCAACGUCUCAGUCAAACACAUGAAGUUGAACCAGUAGCUGAAAGCUUGGGUAUAGAUUCAGAUAAACAAAUCGAUACAACAGCUUUGGAAACAUCUUAUAUUGAAAUCUUAGAUGGAUUAUUUGAAAAGUUAAAUUGGGGACGUAUUGUAGCAAUGUUUGCAUUUCUGCGCAUUUUAGUUUUAAGAUUAUCAAAACAUGGACACAAUGAUGCAAUACAAAUGCUUGUGAAGACAACAAGUAAAUAUUGUGAUGAAAAGUUGAAAAAUUGGAUCAAUCUUCAUGAUGGUUGGUCUGGAUUAAUUGAUUUCACUGGUAAUCAGUUUAUAAAUGAUGGACAAGAAUUAAUCUGGCGAACAUUACGCAGUGUUGGUGGAUUUGCUACUGGAGCUGUUGGAGCCUUGGGGCUAGUUGCAUUAGUUGGUUAUAUUGCAAACAAGAUUUAA